AUGUUUAUAGUCCCCGGAGAAGCGGCUCCUUAUUGGGCUUAUCUGCCUGACCCUCUGGUAGUACAGCCAGUCACCUGGAAUGAUCCUACGCCUAGGGUAUUCACCAAUCUUGCUGAUUUGCUUGGGGGAUUGGCAGAUAACGGGGUAGGGUCUACUUUUUCCAAAACCUUUUCGUGGGAAGCUACGUCGUCUAUGCCUCCUAUAUGUUUUCAGUUCUUCACUAAUGAUUUCCCUCAAUAUGGUUGUGUUUAUACUAAUUGGUUUUAUAGAUAUCUUUCCACUUAUGCGGGUACUGAUGGAUAUCGGCCCCCUGUGACUGAUGUUCAUCCUUGGGGUCUCCUGGAAGUAUUUCCUUCGCCUUCGUCUUCUAUUAAUAGCUCUGCCAUUGGAAUGCGACCACCAGGACGCCUACCCUGUGCAGAGAUAAUCGUCAGAAAAGCGGAGGGUCCUUUGUGGACUGAAUGUUAUUUGCCAAGACCAUUGGUCAUCUCCCCGACGGGUAUUGAUUUUCCUAUCACGGACUGGUCUAAGAAUGAUACACGAAGUUCUUACCAUUAUCAAUAUAUUCCAGGAAGUAUACUUACUACACAACAAGAAAUGUUUCAUCCUGACCUGUGGAAAGUGGUAGCCGCUAUGGGACCUAUUAAUAAUUCUAGAGCUAUAUCGGAAUCGGGAAGUCUUACUUUUCGUACUUGUGUACCUAAACCAUUUUUGCUUGUAAUAGGGAGGGGGCAAGUGGUUAAGGAUUAUGGUCUCUAUCACAUAAGUUGUAUUAAUUGUAAGCUUUCUAAUUGUGUGCCCGUUGAUACGUAUAAUCCCAAUGUACCUAUUCAUGUGUUUUUAGUUAUGCAACCACCUUUUUUCUUGUUACCUGUUGAGGUGGAGGGACCGUGGUAUGCUAAUUAUGGUUAUCAAUUUGCCUUAGAACUAGAAAAUGCGCUGUCUAGAAAAAGGCGAUUUAUUGGAAUGCUAAUAGCUGGAAUAGGCGCUCUUAUUACUUUAAUAGCUAGUGCUACGGUAUCCUCUUUCGCAUUGGCACAGACCAUACAUACUGCUGAUCAUGUUAACGCGUUAUCUCAAAAUAUUUCAUUAGCAUUACAUAUACAACAAGAUGUUGAUCAGAAAUUGUUAGCACGCCUUGAUGGAAUAGAAGAGGCUGUAGAAUAUCUAGGCACACAACUCUCUGCUCUAAAAGCGCAAAUGUCUUUCAUGUGCCAUGGUGCCUAUCAACAUAUUUGUGUGACGCCCUUGUCAGCCAAUAAUAUUUCUUGGGAAAAAGUACACAACCAUUUGCGGGGAAUUUGGCAUGAUACUAAUGUUAGUCUAGAUCUUUUACAGUUACAACGAGAAAUCACUACCAUUGGGCAUGCGCGAUUAGAUAUAUCUGAUCCAGCAAAAAUGGCUGGUCGUAUUUUGACUACUUUAAAAGAUGCUUUACAGGGAUUUAACCCAGGAAAUAUUUUACAUUAUACCUUCUGGAUUCUAUUCGAACAGUUUUUAGGUGAGUCCAUAGGGUUUUCUCUUCAUGGAAAAGUCUCUUAA